AUGGAAGAUGAAGUAAAUAUGGUAUCUAAGAGCGAAGUAAAUAUGGUAUCUAAGAGCGAAGUAAAUAUGAUAUUUAAGAGGACAACUAUAUUAGAAUUGAUGGAGAAAAAUCAAGUGGUCAUUCAACAAGUGAAAGGUCAACGGAAAGUAAAUGGACCACCACCUGACUGGACUGGACCAAUUCCUGGACCAAAAACUGAAAUUUUUAUUUGGAAUCUUCCCAGAAGGAUAUAUGAAGAAACUAUUUACCCCUUCUUCUCUACGGCCGGCAAAAUAUAUGCAUUAAGGUUACUUCUGGAGUUAUCUGGAAAGAAUCGUGGUUUCUGCUAUGUCUCCUAUGAAACACCCGAGCAAGCCACAAACGCGAUCAAACUCUUACAUGGCACAGAGAUCAUUCCAGGGCAAAAAGUUGGAGUAAUGCUGAGCAUCAACAACUGCAAAUUAUGGAUGGGACGAUUUGGAAGAUCAAUCAAAACAGCGGAAAUCAUAAUGAAAAUUUGUACUAGAACAGCAGAGGUGAGCAGGAUCUAUGUAUACAGAAAUACGAAAAAUAAAGCCGAGUUUGCCCUACUUGAAUAUACUACACAUGCAGCAGCGGCUACGGCAAGGAGGACACUUAUUCCAGACAAAGAUGAUAUAUUCUCUCACAGUGUCAAUGUAGACUGGGCAAAUCCAACCAUAUCGCCGAUUAAUAUGCUCAAUUAUGAUGGACACUGGACCAGGAAGUUUUUGAGACAGGAAAAUCCCAGGAAAUGA